AUGGCGGAUAAUAAAGUCAACACAGAGGUCGUGAGCCUCGAUGGCAAGGAGUACAGAACCGUAACGGAGGGAAAGGCGACCAUCCUCGUUCCCCAGGGCGCCAAGAUUGGUGAGGAUCGCGGCGAGGUGCAGCAGGUCUUUUACAACCCGAUCCAGCAGUACAACCGUGAUCUGUCGGUUCUCGCGAUCAAGACCUAUGGAGAGAUGUCCAUUGAGAAGAGAAAGGGGCAGUUUGAGUCGAGGAUGAACAAGCAGGGCAAGAAGCGAAAGCGCGACGAUGACGAGCAAAAGCCUACCGAGUCCACCUCGAACCCCCCACCCAAGGAUGCGCAAGUGACCGAGGAGGGCCCCAAGGCUGAGGAAGCCGAGAACUCUCAACAGCCAAAGCCAUACAAGGCCCAAUUCCGAAUUCUCGACGCGCUGUCAGCAUCAGGACUACGCGCGCUCCGAUAUGCUCACGAGCUACCAUUUGUGACCUCUGUAAAGGCCAACGACUUGUCUGACUCGGCCGCAGAGACGAUCAAGAUGAAUGUCAAGCACAAUGGACUCGAGGACAAGAUUUCCGUCACACAAGGCGAUGCUCUUGGUCUCAUGUAUCGGGGGAUUGCCGAUGACCUGUCCAACAGAGACAGGACUGGCAACCCCGGCAGAGCCAACAAGUUCGACGUUAUCGACCUCGACCCUUAUGGCACCGCUGCGCCUUUCUUUGAUGCUGCUGUGCAGUCAGUGAGAGAUGAUGGGGGUCUUCUCUGCAUUACUUGCACGGAUAGCGCAGUGUGGGCAGGACAUAGUUACUGCGAGAAGACAUUUGCUUUGUAUGGAGGCAUCCCUAUCAAGGGAUUGCACUCGCAUGAAGCUGGCCUGCGACUUGUUCUGAACGCGGUUGCCACCUCGGCAGCUCGGUACGGCCUUUCGAUCGAGCCUCUCCUCUCCCUCUCCAUCGACUUCUAUACCAAGUUCUUCAUCAAGGUAACAAAGUCUCCGCAAGCCGUCAAGUUCCUGGCAGCAAAGACCAUGCUGGUCUACAGCUGUGACCAAGGCUGUGGUGCUUGGGAGACUCAGCCUAUGAUGAAGAGUAAGCCUGCUCCUAACAAGAAGGGCACUGGCGCAUUUUACAAGCAUAGCAUGGUACAGGGACCAACCGCAGAUCAACAUUGCCAACACUGCGGUACCAGGAUGCAUAUCAACGGUCCCAUGUACGGUGGACACAUUCACUCUCAGGAGUUUAUCCAAAAACUACUUGACCAGAUUCCUGGCGCCGACCGCUCCGUGUAUGGCACGAUGCCGAGACUCGAGGGCAUGCUCCGAACGGCGCUUGAAGAAUAUCUGCCCGGCCCCGAAGUCAAGGAGCCCGUGGACCCCAAGGACGCUCAGCUUGCCACACGCGACCUGUAUCCUUUCUUUGUCAUCCCAAGCCGCUUGGCUAAUGUGGUCAGCUGCCCAACCCCGAGCGAGGACAUGUUCCGAGGCGCACUGAUUCACCUAGGAUACCGUACUGCACGGAGUCACUGCCGACCAGGUAGCAUCAAGACAGAUGCUCCAUGGUCGACCAUCUGGUGGGUCAUGACCGAGUGGAUCCGGCAAAAGUCGCCCAUCAAGGAAGCCAAUAUCAAGAAAAACUCGGCCGCCUGGAAGAUACUGAGUGAUGCUGGGAUUGUUGGGCAGGAUAAGACCGAGACUGAGGCUGCAGAGAACGGGUCGGAAAUGGAGGGCGUGGAACAGUCGGCUCCAUCUUCAGCAGUCGCCGACACAAAGCCUGCGGAUGCGACGGCGACAAACGGGAAAGAUGAAGGUGUCCCAAGCGAGAUGGAGUUGCGCAAGACUCUCGUCUUUGAUGAGAACCUGGCUCGUCUUGCGCGCAGGCGAGGAGAGCAGAAGUAUGUGCGAUAUCAGAUGAACCCACGAGAAAACUGGGGACCUCUGAGCAAGGCAAGCAGCCGGUGA